AACACAGCUUAUCUCCAACAUCAAUAAUAUUAAUAAUAUAAUACAAACAAUAAUACUGACACAGCCAUGAGAAGUAGCGCUGGGACGAUCACAGUGGCUCUGGUUCUCUGCAUUUUUCUACUUAUUGGCAUUUCUGGGAACCUGCUGAUCAUCUGGAGCAUCCUGACUCGAACCCGUCAGCGUUCCAUCACCACUCUCCUGAUCUUAAACCUAGCCUUCGCGGAUGGAUUCCUGAUGCUUUUAAUACCUUUUUUUAUUGUUUAUUUGGUAAAACACACUUGGGUCUUUACCCUGCCGCUGUGCAAGAUACCGUUGUACCUCUGCAGUGCCAACAUGUACGCGUCUGUAUUUUUGAUAACACUAAUGAGCCUGCACAGGAUGGUGGCUAUAGUAUUGCGGAAACAUGCUGGGGUCCUUACAGAGCAGAGAACAAUCAUUAAGGUGUUGGAAGGAGUGUGGAUCCUUUCUCUUGGGGUGUCAGUGCCUUAUUCAGUUUUCUGGACCACUUUCAGGGAAGAGCAAGAACCAGCAAUUGUAAUUUGUGCUUGUAAACAUCUACAAGCACAAGAUGUGAUAGUUCAGCACUGUUUGGAAAUUCUGCUGGCAUUCUUGAUACCAUAUGGAUUGAUCUUAGGCAGCUACGUAUGUAUCCUACAAAGAAUUCGCAAGACCCGGGUUUGCAGGCACAUCCGAAGUGUGAAACUCAUACUGGUUAUUGUCACCGUCUUCGGCCUCACCUGGCUACCUUUCCACUUCAUAAAUAUGGUGGAGAACAGGCCUGUGAGCAACACACGAGAGCCUCGUGAGCUAUCUGGUGCCCAUCGGUACCAUAUUUGGUGA